AUGCUGCUCGGAUAUAAAGUUAUCACGGAUGCUCCCGAAUGGUUUAUUGAUGCCGUCGGUGAUGACGAUGAUAGGGAUUUUGCACCUCCGGAAGACUUCUUUGAUAUUGAAGGGGAUGAUGAAGAUGACUGGGAGGAUUAUGAAGAACCUGCCACUCUGGUGUCCGCGGCCGAAUUGUUUCGCUUUCUUGGAUCAGAGGGUCUACGUCGCAUUUUACCCAUGCAGAGAAUAUCAGGGUUACGAUUUUACUUAGAUGAAAACGGCAAUGACGCAUACAGAAGGCCUACAUAUCGUAUGAGCGGAUCACGUACUGGUGAACACCUGCUACCCAAAAUACCAAGCGAUGCCGGGCGGGAGCUAAUGUAUUCCGGGGAUUAUGGAAGUAAUUUGCACUAUGUGGAUAAGGUAAAACGAAGGAAGGAAAAACUGUCUACAAGGUUGAUGUGGAGGGAGUUAGCUUAUGGCCCACAGCUUCUUCCGCCUGCUAUAUCCCAGAAUCUUGUUCCCAGUUCGAAGGCCGAUAAAAUCAUUCACUAUAAUUCGAGGUGUUACUCUGGAUCUUUCUCCGACGACGGAAAUUUCUUUUUUUCCUGCGCCCAGGAUUUUAAAGUGCGAAUGUAUGAUACAUCAAAUCCGCUCGAGUGGAAGUGGUAUAAGACAGUUGAAUACCCAUUUGGGCAAUGGACUCUCACAGACGCAAGCUUGAGCCCGGACAACAGAUAUUUGGCAUAUAGCUCGAUUCGAAGUAUUGUGUGCCUGGCAGGAACAGACCCGUCUUCGGAUUCGGAACCUACUCUGCUAGAUUUUGCCCAGCGGUCCGGCUCGCCCACUAGUGGAUCAGGAUUUGGGAUAUGGAGUAUUCGUUUUAGUGGUGACGGUCGCGAGUUGAUUGCUGGUACUUCCAAUCAAAGCGUGGUUGUUUAUGACAUCGAAAGCCGGACGCCAAUAUUAAAACUGGAAAACCACGAUGAUGAUGUCAACGCCGUUUGUUUUGGAGAUAAGUCUUCACCACAUAUUCUUUACUCAGGGUCUGAUGAUACGACAAUAAAGAUUUGGGACCGGAGAUCAAUGGGGGAUGGCCGUGCUGCGGGUUGUUUCCUAGGCCAUAGUGAAGGGAUCACAUAUGUCGACAGUAAGGGAGACGGACGUUAUGUAUUAAGCAACGGAAAGGAUCAAAGCAUGAAGCUCUGGGACAUACGCAAGAUGAUGACGAGUGCGAAACUAGAUACAAUCGACUUGAGCAGCUAUUCCACGGGCUUUGAUUACAGAUAUAUGUCUAUCUCGGAUGCAGAUUACACUCCCCAUCCAUACGAUUGUUCUGUUGUCACCUUCCGUGGACAUCGUAUAUUGAAAACACUUAUACGCUGUCAUUUCUCUCCCGAUAUAAGUGCCAACUCCAGAUAUGUGUAUUCAGGAAGUUCAGACGGCCGAGUUUUUAUUUACAAUCUCGACGCCACAGUUGCUCGUAUUAUCGAUGUUGGGGAGGCUUCGUUCCAUUCUCAGCAGCACGAUUCUGACAUGUACCAUCCUGCGUAUCGGAUGGGGAGGAGCGAGGUCGAAUGGGGAACAUGCGUAAGAGACGCAAGUUGGCAUCCAAAUGCCCCCAUUAUAGCAGCAACCUCGUGGAACGGCUGGGGCAUGUCCACCGGCACCUGCAGUGUGCAUGUCUGGAAUGACGGUGCUGACGUCGACGAAGGCGAAUGCCCAAUCGGACAAAGCUACAACAGCAAGCUGGCACCUUUGCAGCCUAGCAGCAACCGCUCUGCGGAAGAGGGCCGACGGCUCACAGGCCAUAUAGGAAUCGCAUCAUUUAUCGCACUAGAUGAUGACGAUCCUUUCGACAUGAACCCGUGGUAG